UUCCGGAGAGCAACAGAUCCGCCAUACCCGCAUCACGGUCGAGAUCGUAGAUUCUCAUUCCUCCGUUCCCUUCCCUUAUUUUUUUUUGGACAAAGGCGCCCAUUUGUCCGAAACAAAACAAACAAACAAAACACCGUUCUUCGUGUCGUUCCGGUAUUCGUGCUUGCCGUGACCAGCAGACCAGCGUGUGACAGCGUGUCUGUGUGUAGUGUGUUAUCCUUGCGAUUAGUUUUGCGCGUGUGUGUUAUAUAUCCAGCAGCGAGAUGGCCUUCGCCUACAAGGUAGCCGGUGUGCUGUGCGUAGUCCUAGCCGUGACCGUGGCACUGCCAGCCGAAGAAACUGGCCGCUCGUCCCGGAAUGCCAUCGGCGGUGGUGAAAGCGAUCUGGUCGGCAGCAUCUACAAGGAGUGCCUAUCGUCCGAUUCGGUGUCCUGCGUCAAGUACAAGCUGUUCAGCUUCAUCGAUCGGGUCGUGGCUAAGCGUAGCGUGUUCGCCCUUACCGACGGUGUAACCGUGGUCAAGACGCCUGGCGUACCCGAAACCGAAGGUGCACCGCGUGCUCUAACCGGCGAUGAAUCGCUCGAAUCGCUGCUGCUGUCCCGCGUUCAGUCCUUCCUGGCCACGCACACGAUCAAGGUCGACCUGAAGGGUGCCGACAUUGUCAAUGCCGUAACCUCGACCGGCCGUGCCCUUGAGGAUGUCUCGGAAAACCUGCUGGCUGCCGAUUCGGAUGAUGAGGAAAAGUCGGACGGUCCGGCCGGUGGUGAAGCACGUGGCAAGAAGAAGAAGGCCGCCAAGAUCCUGGGCCCGCUGCUGUUGGCCGUUGCGCUGAAGGCUGCCGCUCUGCUCCCACUGCUGCUCGGUGCGAUCGCACUGAUCGCCGGUAAGGCCCUGCUCAUCGGCAAGAUCGCUCUGGUUCUAUCCGCCAUCAUCGGGCUGAAGAAACUGCUGUCGCAGGAGAAGCACGUCACGUACGAGGUCGUUGCCCAUCCGCACCAUUCCACCAGCCACACGUCCAGCCACGGUGAUGCUUACUCGCUCGGUGGGUCGUACGGUGGUGGCGAUGUCGGUGGAUACAGCGCCAGCUCCGGCCACGGUGGCUGGGGACGUUCGAUCCAGGACGCGCAGGACGUUGCGUACAGCGGCCAGAAGCCUUAAGCCUGCACAGGAUGCUCCAAAACUCACACCAAACCACACCACCACCACCAUCAUCACCAUCAUGAACAUUAUUUAUUUAAUUUAUUUAGCGUCAAGCGGGAAGGUGUUAAUGUUUGCGUCCGAUCGAUUAGGAGGUCAGAAGGUUGCUUUAAGGGACCAGGACUGCGAACCUCGCAAAGAAAGCUAGGGGCUUAACGGGAUUGGGGCUCGCCAUCGAACCAAAGCCAGCGGAAAAAACGGUUUGAUUUUCCACACCGCUUUUCCGCCCGUGUGGCUCUCUCUCCUUCUCACUCUUCACUCUCUCUCAAUCUUGUAAGCUCUUACUCUUUUUGUUUUCCCCCUUUUCUUUUAGUUCUUUCUUUUUUCCAUUUCCCCUACUCAUUUUUACACACGGGUUUACUUUUGUACUAUAUUGUUUCCUUAGCUAAAAUCUAAAAUCUACUACCAAACGAAAAAAAAGAAAAACGAACCGUUUUUGUGUUCGUGAUUUCAGUGUUCUUGCAUUUUGCUGACUUACGCUUCCUGCUGUUUCUUACUUCAUCCCGUAUACGGAAUCCUUUUUUGCGGAACCGUUCGAUGAGCUUCCGGUGGGGUUAGCCCGUAGCCCAAAUCCCAAUCCCGAGCCAUCCAGAUCACCACAAACCAAGCGAAGGACGAAGAAAUAAAAACUGAAACUAUUUCCAAACCUGUACUGUACAUGUGUGCUCCGUGUCUAAAUAGCGUGAGAAAUUCAACUCCCCAACAUAUUUUCCUACCCCAAAAACUGCUGCUAAUUUCAUUCGAUUUGCACAUACGAAUGCACUGGUACUGCUGCUCCCGGGCGAGGUUGGAAAACUUCCCCAUACAUUGUUUAC